CAGGCGGGGCUGAGCCGGGAAUCCCCGGGGGGCGGUGCCUGGACGGGACUUUCCCGGGGCGGCGGGAGGAAGAAGGGACGACGGCGGCGGCGGCUGGAGGCCCGGAGCGCGGCAGCAGCGCGGCGCGGCGCCGCCAUGGACGAGUCCUACAACCCGUGCCUGGACGGGAUCGACUAUGACGACUUCCAGUUCAGCUCCCACAUGGUGGAGCACAAGGAGCCGCUGAUGGAGACAGCCGAAGGCCCGUAUCUUCUCAUCAUUGAGCAACCAAAACAGCGUGGGUUCCGGUUCCGAUACGGCUGUGAAGGCCCUUCCCAUGGUGGGCUGCCUGGAGCAUCUAGUGAGAAGGGACGCAAGACUUACCCCACAGUCAAGAUCUGCAACUAUGUAGGCCUGGCACGGAUUGAAGUGGACCUGGUGACCCACAGUGACCCCCCACGUGUGCAUGCCCACAGCCUGGUGGGGAAGCAGUGCAACGAAGCUGGCAAUUGCAUUGUGACUGUGGGGCCCAAGGACAUGACAGCACAGUUCAACAACCUUGGGGUGCUCCAUGUGACCAAGAAGAACAUGAUGGAGAUCAUGAAGGAGAAGCUGAAGCAGCAGAAGUUGCGUAACAGAAGUCAGCUGCUGACAGAUUCUGAGGUGCGAGAGAUUGAGGUGGAGGCAAAGGAGCUAAAGAAGGUGAUGGAUCUGAGCAUUGUGCGUCUCCGCUUCACUGCCUACCUCCGUGACAGCAGUGGGAACUUCACCCUGGCCCUGAACCCUGUCAUCUCGGACCCAAUUCAUGACAGCAAGUCACCUGGGGCUUCCAACCUGAAGAUCUCACGGAUGGAUAAGACAGCUGGCUCAGUGCGGGGUGGGGAUGAGGUCUACUUGCUGUGUGAUAAAGUCCAGAAAGACGACAUAGAGGUGCGAUUCUAUGAGGAUGAUGAGAACGGCUGGCAGGCCUUUGGUGACUUCUCCCCUACAGAUGUGCAUAAGCAGUAUGCCAUUGUCUUCCGCACGCCGCCCUACCACAAGCCCAAGAUCGACCGUCCUGUCACUGUCUUCUUGCAGCUGAAGCGGAAGCGAGGGGGAGAUGUGAGCGACUCCAAGCAGUUCACCUACUACCCAGUGGUGGAAGACAAGGAGGAGGUGGAGAGGAAGCGGAAAAAGGUGCUGCCUCAGUUCCCCCAGCACUUUGGUGGGGGUUCACACAUGGGUGGACCCGGCGGAGGCACUGGUGGGUUUGGAUCGGGUGGAGGUGGGAAUCUAAGCUACCCCUAUGCCUCCGGACUGCCUUACAACAGCAUCUACUCAUCAGGCCCCCACCCCAUGGGCAGCUACCAGGGUGGGGUGCAGAUGACCAGAGCCAAUAAAAUGGAGGAGGAAGGUGCUGAGAGGCAACUGCCAGCAGAGCAGAGUUACAGCCAAGCCCUGCAGUACCAUGCCCAGCUGUGUAACAUGCGGAUACUGGCACUGACGCAGCGCAAUGCCCAUGCCCUACUGGACUACUCGGUCACUGCCGACCCACGCAUGCUGCUGGCUGUUCAGAGGCACCUGGCAGCCUCUCAGGAUGAGAAUGGAGACACGCCUUUGCAUCUCGCCAUUAUCCACGAGCAGACGGCUGUGAUUAAGCAGCUGGUGGAGGUCAUCAGUGGCAUCCCCAACCAACAGAUCAUCAACAUGGCCAACCACUUGCAGCAGACUCCCCUGCAUCUGGCCGUGAUCACCAAGCAGCCGCAGGUGGUGCAGUUACUGCUGCAGGCUCGUGCAGACCCCACUCUGCUGGAUCGCUAUGGCAACUCGCUGCUGCACCUGGCGCUCCAGGCGGGUGACGAGGAGGUGCUUAAGAUGCUGCUGGCACAUCUGGGUGCUGCUGCCCUCUGUUUGCUCAGUACACCCAAUUACCAAGGGCUGCUCCCUGUGCAUGUGGCUGUGCAGGUGAAGAGCUUGGCUUGCCUGGAGCUGCUGGUCCGGAAAGGAGCUGACGUGAAUGCUGCUGAGCGGCAGGGUGGGCGGACACCUCUGCAUCUGGCUGUGGAGAUGGACAACCUCAACAUGGCUGCCCACCUGGUGAAGAAGCUGGGAGCAGAUAUCAAUGCCCGGACAUUUGCUGGGAACACUCCUCUGCAUCUGGCUGCAGGCCUGGGCUCUCCCACCCUUACCAAAAUGCUCAUCAAAGCAGGGGCAGAUGUUCUGUGCGAGAAUGAUGAGCCAGUGAGUCCCAGUCCCUCCUCCUCCGAAGCAAGCAGUGAUGUGGACACAGACCCUGAGGAGCAGGAGGGGCACAUGGAGCUGGGAGAGGCAGACACUGCCAUGCUGCGGGAUCUGGAUGACAUGGACCUUGGUGUUACUGCUGGGAAGAGGAGCAAGGAGGCUGGUGCCAGUGGGGCAAAGCUGCGGCGGAGACACACACCGCUUGACUUAACCCGGAGUCAGAAGGUGCGGGAGAUCUUGCUGCGUGCCUCACAGCAGGGUCCAGAGUCAGAGCUGCCUGCGGUGUCCAGGCCAGGGAACAUCCUGUCCCUUGACAGCGAGAUCCUGCAGGGACUGGAGCAGCUACUGAAUCAGGAUCGUGGGGGCUCGGACUGGACUGAGCUGGCCAAGAGGCUGGGGCUCUGCAGCCUGGUGGAGACGUUCAAGGACACAUCCUCCCCCAGCAGGAGCCUCCUGCUUAGCUACGAGCUCUCCGGUGGCAGUCUGAGCAGCUUGCUGGAAGCACUGGAUUCCAUGGGGCUCAGCGAGGGCGUGAGGAUGUUGCGUAAGGCUGAGACAUACAACAAGCUGCAGAGCACAGAGCUCAAGGAGGACAGUGCCUAUGGGAGCCAGUCGGUGGAUGAGGAGCAAUCGUCAGGCCUAACCCCCAAACAGUGCCCACCAGCCUCUGCCGAGCUGCCAAGCUCACUCGCCCACAGCCAACAGCAGCAGGUGCACUGAACCACUGGGCGCAUCCCCUGUGCUAGGGAGCCCAGCUGUGAAUGACAUUUGGGGAGGGAGGAGCCGCUGGAGGCUCUUGCACCUGCAGUGGCUCAAAUACAAGUGCCUUUGGGCCCAGGGCUAGCUGCCCAUACUGGGCCCCAGCUGCCCUGCUUUGGACUUGGUUGGAGCCCACAGCCCAGCCCCUGCUCUGCUCUUAUUUAAUGGUCCCUAGUUUGGUUCCAGGUGAAUAAAGGGCCACUCUUCCUA